AUGAAUCUCUUCGACUCCUGCCUGGAAAUGAGCGCCGAGCAGGACAAGGGUCUCUCCGACGCGCCCAGCCCGAGCAUGUCCGAGGACUCCGCCGGGUCUCCGUGUCCGUCCGGAUCGGGCUCGGACACCGAGAACAGCCGCCCGGAGGAGCACCUGAGAGCGUUUAAGAAGGACGAGGACGAGCGGUUCCCGGUGUGUAUCAGGGACGCGGUGUCUCAGGUGCUGAAGGGUUAUGACUGGUCUUUAGUGCCCAUGCCUGUGCGGGUGAACGGCGCGCACAAGAGCAAGCCGCGCGUCAAGAGACCCAUGAACGCGUUUAUGGUGUGGGCUCAAGCCGCGCGCAGGAAACUGGCGGAUCAGUAUCCACACCUGCACAACGCCGAGCUCAGCAAGACCCUCGGGAAACUCUGGAGGUUACUGAAUGAGGGCGAGAAGCGUCCGUUCGUGGAGGAGGCCGAGCGUCUGAGGGUCCAGCACAAGAAAGACCACCCCGACUACAAGUACCAGCCCAGACGGAGAAAAUCAGUGAAGACCGGGCAGAGCGAGAGUGAGGACGGCGAGCAGACACACAUCUUCAGAGCCCUGCAGCAGGCCGACUCUCCGGCGUCCAGCACGGGUGAAGUGCACUCUCCAGGAGAACACUCAGGUCAGUCCCAGGGUCCCCCCACACCUCCCACAACCCCCAAAACAGAGCUGCCAUCCAGCAAAGCAGAUCUCAAGCGCGGAGGCCGUCCGCUCCAGGAGGGCAUCGACUUCGGGGCCGUAGACAUCGGCGAGCUGAGCAGUGACGUCAUCUCCAACAUGGAGGCGUUCGACGUCAAUGAGUUUGACCAGUACCUGCCUCCUCACGGACACCCGGGGGUCAGCAGCGGCGCACAGGUGUACUCCGCCGGAGGGGUCUGGAUGUCCAAACAGCAGCAGUCAUCGAUGGCCGGCGGCGAGCAGCGGACGCAGAUCAAGACGGAGCAGCUGAGUCCCAGCCACUACAGCAAGCAGCAGCACGUGGCCUACGGCUCCUUGCACCUGCAGCACUACAGCACCUCCAACCCCUCCAUCAGCCGAGCGGGGUACGACUUCACCCAGCACCAGAGUCCCACCAGCUCCUACUACAGCCAGUACCCUUUCAGCUACGUGAGCCCCGGCCAGAGGCCCAUGUACACCCCUAUCCCCGACACGACAGGCGUCCCGUCCAGUCCACAGCACUGGGAGCAGCAGUCCGUCUACACCCAGCUGUCCAGGCACUGAGGGACUAAGAGGACGUUCUGGGACGCUCGCAGCCCAUUUCGCAAAACCCUGGAAAAGUACUGAAACAAACGGAAUGGCUCCCGACUGUGCCUUUUGAAAUUGUGAUUAUAUUUUUCUAGAUAUAAUAAGACGAGAGAAAUCCUCUGUGAGGACAGAUUCCAGAUAAUUAUUUUAGUAUGUACUGU